UGCGGAACGAUGGAUGCUUGAGAAAGACGAACUGGAACGAAAACUGGAGGAACUGGGGGAGAAACUCGCAGUUAGAGAUAAAGAGCUCGCAGACGAGCGAAACGAGAGGAUGCGCGAUAAAGAGAGGUGGAAACAGAGGAUGGCUGACGUCGAAAAUGGAGUUGAACAGAUUGUUUUCGAUCUGGAAAAGCGUGCACAGGACGCAGAGACCAAGGCGGCAGCAUUUCAAGGUGUCGAACUGCAGCUCCAAGAUACCCAAGCAAAGCUUAACGGCGCAAAUAUGGAAUGUCAGCGUCUUAAGCGACGUGUGGAAGAGGCUGAGCAGCUCGCGGCUGUUAACAAGGCUGUCGGGUCCAGUCUUGUCUCCACGGAUGACACGUCCGUGAAGCUUGAACAGGCCCAACAAUUGCUCAUUCACCAAUUGGAAGCCAAGGAAAGAGCGCUUACGAGUCUGGAGGCAUCGAUGUCGGACAAGGAGAAGGAGGUAACCUCACUCAGAAACAUAAUCCGAGAUCUCGAAUCCAGCCUUCGUGUAUCAAGGGAAACAAUCGAGACGCAUCAGCAAGACGCAAAAGACCUUCGCAAAGAACAAAGGGACCUUAAGGACGAUUUGCGAUCUGCACAGUCGACGAUUGAUAGACUCAAAGCAGAUUCAAACCAAGCUCGAAGCUUUGAAAUGCGACUAUCUGAAGUUCAGGACAAGUUUACAGAGUGCAAAGAGACUUUGGAGAUCGCAAAUGAGCGACUUGCAAUGUCAUCCGAUGAGCUCGACAAAGCAAGGCUUACCGUUCAGCAGCUAGAAAACGCGCUUAAAGAGAGUGAUGCGAAAAUCUCCGAGGACAACAAAGAGCUGCUCGAACUGCGUUCAAGACUAUCAGUCUUAGGACGAGAACGUAGUAAAGCCGGUUCAAUGCGCCAAUUAGAUGAUGCUUCAAAGGCGUAUAAUGACGCCGAGGUUGAGGCGCUGGAGAUUGAGCUAGUUGAAGCCAACAAAGAGAUUGGACGUCUUAC